AUGGUCUCAUUCUUCGGCUGGGGCUCUAGCUCUAACUCCGACUCGAACACUCCCAAGACUCAAGAAACACCCUCAAAUUCUCCAAUUUCACAAACGCCAGAAUCAAAAUCAACAUCAUUGAUAUCCGAAUCAAGACCAUUACCUCCUCCCUCACCCCGCAAUAACACAAAUCUCAAACUCCUAGUCGGCGGUGUCGCUUUCUUCUCCCUCUCCGUUUGGAUCACACGUCGCGCCAGCAUUAAGAAACAGAUCGCCUGCAUUCCUCCCUUCUACACAAGCUCAUUAUUUCAUCAACCGAAAGUCAAUGGGGCCGGCGAGGCUUUUGAGGCCCUCAACCUUGCUACCAUUAACGUUCUCUCGUUCGGCAUGAUGACCGGCGGUGCGGUUAUGUAUGGACUUGAUAUCAAUGGGCUGGAUGACGCGAGGCGGUUUAUGAGGGUUGCGAUGGAUGGAGGUAUUGAUGAUGCUGGGAAAUCGGAUGAGCAGCUCGAGGCUGAUGUGACAGAGUGGGUGACUAGCGUCCUUGGGGAUCGGUUCCAGAAGCAAGUGGAGAAGGAGCGCGCGAAGAAGCAGCUGGAGAAGCCUGUUGAAGCUGGAACGCAAUAA